AUGGAAUACAUUGCAUCAGAAAAAGGAGACACAGCAGAGAAUAGGGAUCCCAAUUCAGUAGUUUCAAAUGGAGCAUCUAAGACUGCAACUUUAGAAAAUAAAAUAAGCGUUGAUAGUGAUAAGCUUAAAUCCGAUGCGCCUGAAGAAAACGCGCCAUGCACUUCCGAUUCCACAGAGGAUGCAGAAUUAUGCGAUAUACCAGAACAAGUCGAAUUUACUGUAGUUUUUAAUAAAAAUAAACAUGACAUCACAUUUGCUUAUGAUGCCACUGUAUCAGAACUGAAGGCUCAUCUGGAGAGAAUAUGCGGAGUGCCACAAUCCGCACAGAAACUCAUCAUCAAAGGCAUGGCUAAAGAUGAUGUUACACUUAGAUCAUCAGGUAUAGUUAAAGGCGGUAAAGUUAUGCUGGUCGGAUCUAAAAUGGAUGACAUUUUGGCUGUGAAAAGUGCACCAAAGGAGAUCCUUGAAGAAAAAAAUAGUAGCCAAUCAAGUAAAGAACCACUUUGCAUGCAAAAAAUUCAUAGAAAAGUUCUUGACAAGGGCAUCCCUCCAGAUGUCAUGCCUGGAAUAAAAGGCGUCAAGGAACCUCUUCCACCAAUUCCCUUAAGUGGAAUGCUGAAUAAACAUGGAGGAAAAGUAAGGCUCACAUUUAAACCAGAACAAGACCAACUAUGGCUCGGCACUAAAGAAAGAACUGAGAAACUUGCAAUGACGUCUAUUAAAAGUAUCACAUCCGAACCUAUUAAAGAACAUGAGGAAUAUCACAUUAUGGGUCUUCAAUUAGGACCGACUGAAGCUUCUCGCUAUUGGAUUUAUUGGGUCCCUGCUCAGUACAUUGAAGCCAUCAAAGAUGCUGUACUUGGUGUUUGGCAAUUCUUUUAA